AUGGAGUAUGUUGUCAACGAGAAUGAGGUGAGUAUUGGUAUGUUCAGAAAGUUCAUGGACAUUUUUUCGCUUUCGCACAGUUCAUUUUUAACUUUUUCCCGUGCUUGUCGCCAGCAUACAAUAUUUUCAUUUUUUCUCUUUUCGCACUGUGCAAACCUCAAAAAGCUGUUUGCACGGUGCAAAUUCUAAAAAAUCCGAAGAUUUUUGUCUCUUUUUUCUUGACUGACUGGAAAUAGACCUUGCUUUCGGGUCGCAAAAUAACGUUAUUUGAUACAGUGGGGGCACCUGAUCCAGUGGCAAAAAACGUGCCAUUUUGCAUCCGGGAAGUAUCAAAAAUGUGGCAAAACACCUCCCUCUCCAAGUGAAAAAAAGUUUUGAAGGGCGCGGUUUUGAAAUCGGAGUUUUUUCGUUUGGAGAGGGAACCAUUUUGCCACAUUUUUGAUGCUUCCCGGAUGCAAAUGGUACGUUUUUUGCGAAUGGAUCAGGUCCACAACCGUACUUCUGUAAACUUACGGAGGGCCUAUCAACGCUUCAUCCCGGGUGCAUUGCUAAGCUUUACAGCAUAGCCCAGAUUUUUUAUUCCUAAAAACUCGGAAGUGUCGCCAUUUCGGAAGGAUAUGAAGCAACUAAUGUCAGGUCCCUGCAUUGAAGUUUGAAGAAUCUCAGAAAAUUAUGGGCAAAAUUUUUUACCCAACCUAAUAAUGAAAUUUCGGAUUUUUUCACGUCAGUGACGCUAGGUGCUAAUCAUUUUCAAGACAGAUUAAAUGAGAAUUUUAAGAUUUUUUUUCCAGAUGAAAGAUUUCGUCAUCCAGGCGAUGACCAAAGUCGGGACGGACAAAGAUCAUGCCGCUCAACUGGCCGAUUGUUUGAUUUGUGCUGACAAAAGAGGGCAUUAUUCGCAUGGACUCAACAGAUUGCAUGUAAGUAGGCUGGAAAUCUCAAAAAAAAAAAAAAAAAAAAAAAAAAAAAAAAAAAAAAGAUUAUUUUUUGAAAAAUCCAUUUUUUCCAAGAAAAAAUCAAACCAAAUCUUUUCAGAUCUACAUUGAGGACACUCUGGGGAAUGUCGCAAAAUCGGGUACCCCAAAAAUUCUGAAACAAAAAGGCGCCACAGCCUGGGUGGACGGCCAAAACCUUGUGGGCCCGAUGGUCGGAAACUUUUGCAUGGAUUUGGCCAUAAAACUGGCCAAAACAUCGGGAAUCGGAUGGGUGGUGAGCAAAGGGACCAAUCACUAUGGAAUCUGUGGGCAUUACGCCUUAAAAGCCGCUGAACAGGGAUUUGUGGUGAGAUUUUAGUGGGUUAAAGGAGCGCAAGUCCUUGUAAGGGGCGUUGAAUUGACAAGGGAAGUGCUCCAAGUGCCACGCUCAGAUUUGCUUGCAAUUUUGCACACAAUUCGAGUAUGGCCCAUAUAUCAAUUACUGAAAAUUUUAGCUCACGAUUUGCCGGGAGAGCCGAGAUAUUCAACGAUCUUUACGGCCGAGAGAGCACGAAAAAUGUGGAGAGCGGACAGAAAGGGAAACACUUUUUGGCCAUAACUUUGCCAGUUUUGUACGGAAAAAAUUCAUUUUUUGUGGAAAGAUUACACUCUGCAGUAGAAAUAGAUAUGAAAAUUUUCAAAGCAAAAUUUGAAAAAAAAAAAUUUUUGCGUUUUUUCCAACUUUUGAUCUUAAAAAUCUCGGUCAUUUCUGCAAAGCGCGAGCUGGAAAUUUCGCAUAUGUUUUCCAAACAAUUGUUCUAAACUUGUCCCAAGUUUCAUCAAAAUCUGAGCGUCGCACCUGGAGUACUUACAUGUUAGUAAAAUGACCAACAUGGCCUGAUUGUGGCAGAAAAACGUACCAUUUUGGAUUCGGGAAGUAUCAAAAAAUAUGGCAAAAUACCUCCCUCUCCAAGUGAAAAAAAACUCCGUUUUGAAGGGCACUAAAAGAGCUGGUGCGCUUUAAAAAUCGGAGUUUUUUCACUUGGAGAGGGAGGUAUUUUGCCACAUUUGUUGAUACUUCCUGGACGCAAAAUGGUAUGUUUUUUGCCACUGGAUCAGGUCCGCCACUGUACAUACUGAGUAUUAUGUAUUUUCCAGGGGAUGAGUUUCACGAACACCUCUCCCUGCGUUUACCCAAACCGAGCCAAAGAACAGGCGCUGGGAUCGAAUCCGAUUUGUUGUGUCGCACCCGCCAAGAAUGGGGAUAACUUUGCGUUGGAUAUGGCUUCGACGACUGUUGCGUUUGGAAAAGUGAGUUCAUAAGUCUUCAGUCAUCUUCAAGCAAUUUUUGAGUACAUUUUUUCUGGGAAAAAAGGAUUUUUUCCAAUUUUUUGAGAUAAAAAAAUGGAUUUUUUGACCAAAAAGUUAUACCUAUUUCUACCGUAGAGUAUAAUGUUUCCACAAAAAAUCAGUUUUUUCCGGACGAAACAAGCAAAGCUACAGUAUGCGUCAUAAUUAUAACCGCACUUUAAAAAUGAGUGUAACUUUUGUGAUUGUGAAUAGAAAUGUGUCAUAUUUGGCACCAAUGUGCAUCAGUGUACUAGAAAGAAUGUCCCAAAAAGUUAUUUUGAAGAGUUUCCGUAUUUUAGAGAAAAGCUGCAAAAACCAAAAUUAUGAUACUUUUCGGUGUCGCAAAAUUAUAACCGCACUUGCGAAUUUGGGGUAUUACCCUAAUAAAAACACAGGAUAUCAAUAACUGAUGUUUAGUUACGCUCCCUGAGGCCUCAAUAACGCCCAUCACACGACCCGAAACCCUCUGGGCAAAUUUUUUUGGCGCAUACUGACCCAUCUUGUCCCUGAAUCGGAAAACGGCAGAUUUUCGCUCAGCUAGACCGUUGGGCUCAAGUUGCGAGGAACUUCCUGGUCGUCUCGGAAGCCAUUAACAAAUCCAAAUGUUAUGGCAGACAAAAGUUUACCACUGCUUCUGGUUGAAGAGAAAUAAUCCGCCGGACUUCUAACUCCGCCAUCUCUGGGGUUCACUUAAAUCAAGAACUGAGCUUCAUUAGUAGCGGAAGCACCGUGCUGAGGGUCGGAAAACACAGGGACGUCAUCAUAAGGUAUUAUGUGAAGCUGUGACCCUAGCUGACCCCGGUUUACGGCAAUCCACAGCCGAAAUUUGCCAAGGAGACAUUCACAACAGAGGUUGAUUAGUGGAAGGUCGCUGAAACCGACGUUAGACCGUUGCAAUACCAUAUUCCUUGUGGAUUGCGUAGUCACACGGUGCCCUGACGGUUUUACAUACCAAUGGCAUGACAUUAAAAACGAAUCGCGUCGCUUCUCGCGCCGUAAUUAUAGAGGCCGCCCGUUGAUGUCUUGGGGCGCCUUCAAAAAAGCCGGAGGCCUUCCGUCCGCGGCCACAGCAACUCAAAUGAAUAGCAUGGAGUACUACGAAGUCUUAGGCGAACAUCUGGUACCGUACUGGCAAUCUGGCUAUACUUUUGUUGGAGAAUGCCCACGUCCAUCAUAGCAGGUCGACAUACCAGUUCCUUUGACAGCAAGGCAUUUGCCACCAUAGACUCGCUCGCAUAUUCCCUGGGUUUAAAUCCGAUGGGAAACUUGUGGGGCCUCCUCGCCCGUUGAUUACAAGCGGUAUUCUACCGUAACUAAGCGAAAAUCUGCCGUUUUCCGAUUCAGGGACAAGAUGGGUCAGUAUGCGCCAAAAAAAUUUGCCCAGAGGGUUUCGGGUCGUGUGAUGGGCGUUAUUGAGGCCUCAGGGAGCGUAACUAAACAUCAGUUAUUGAUAUCCUGUGUUUUUAUUAGGGUAAUACCCCAAAUUCGCAAGUGCGGUUAUAAUUUUGCGACACCGAAAAGUAUCAUAAUUUUGGUUUUUGCAGCUUUUCUCUAAAAUACGGAAACUCUUCAAAAUAACUUUUUGGGACAUUCUUUCUAGUACACUGAUGCACAUUGGUGCCAAAUAUGACACAUUUCUAUUCACAAUCACAAAAGUUACACUCAUUUUUAAAGUGCGGUUAUAAUUAUGACGCAUACUGUAUGGCCAAAAAGUGGUUUUAUCUCUGACCGCUCUCCACAUUUUGCGUACUCUCUCGUCCGCAAAGAUCGUUCAAUAUCUCGGCGGCGCCUGCAAUGGGCAAGCCAAAACUUUCAGAAAUUGAUAUGUGGCCUCUGCUUAACGUAUGUGCAAAAUUUAGAAAAAAUCUGAGCGUCGCACUUGUAUGACUUUUCCUUGCAAAAGAAUCAAAAAUUAUUAACAAGGAAAGUUACGUAAGUGCAACGCUCAGAUUUUUUCUAAAUUUUGCACACACGUAGGGCAUAGACUAAAUAUCAAUUCCUGAAAGUUUUAGCUUGCGGUUUGCCGACGCCGCCGACAUAUUGAACGAUCUUUGCGGUCGAGAGAGUAUGUAAAAUGUGGAGAGCGGUCAGAGAGAAAACUACUUUUUGGCCAUAACUUUGCUAGUUUCGUGGGGAAAAAAUUGAUUUUUUGCGGAAACAUUAAUCUCUAAAGUAGAAAUAGACAGCAAACUUUUCAUGCCAAAAUUCGCGAAAAAGUCCCAUAUUUUUGCCAACCUUUGACCUAAAAAUUAUUGGGUUGUCCAGAAGGUUCGUUCGUUUUUUUAAUUCUACAGUGAGGGACCUGAUCCAAUGGCAAAAAACGUCCCAUUUUGCAUCGCGGAAGGAACCAAAACGUCUCCAAACCCUUCACUUCUCUAACAAGGGAUCGGCAAAUAGUUGCACCCUGCUUUCUUAACGAAACCUAUAUCAUUUAAAAGAGCAUUAAAAAUAGUGCACAGCGCAAAAAAAAUUAGCUGCCCAAUAUAUGUUUGGGCAAAGUUAUGGCUAAAAUACGUAUUUUAGCCUAAUUUCCGCGGCAAUUUAUAAGCUCUCGGAACGACGGUAGAGCUGUGUCUAGUUGGCCGAGUGGUAGUGACCCCACUAACAGGUCCUGGUUUCGAAUCCGGGCUCUGCAACGUUUUUUGCAUUUCGUCUCUUAUAUGCCACAAAACCAUGGUAUGUUGAUAUUUUUAAAUAAUUUUUGUUCCUUCGCAGUCAAAAUACAUUUUUACUGGAUUUUUUCGAGUUUUCGGUUUUUUUUGCAAUCACCACAAAUUUGAUGGUGAUGAGAGUGGGGAUGCCUAUCGUAUAAUUACAAGGGUGUCAUGCCUUUAGCCUGAUUGAUUAUGAUUACUGGACGAUAAUUCAAUUUACAAGGGCCUAUAAAUAUAACUUUUUCCAAAAAAAUACGAAGAGAAAAUUACAAAAGCGGCUAAAACACUAUUGCUGACACAGUGGCCCAACCGUCGGUAAGGCUAGGACAUAAGAAAUUUUUGAUUUUGAGAUUUUUGUUUGUAAAUGGCCACGACGAUCAUACAAAUGUAUUUCCAACGUUUUUUGCUCCAGUUUUCCCAUUAACCUAGUUUUAUUUACAAUUUUUUGUAAAUGGCAGUAAUGCGACAUUAUAAUGUCUUAUAACUCAUAGCCAACGAUUGAUAAAGCCAUGAAACGACCGUGAUAGACGUUUCGGGAUACUAGUAAGACAAUGGAGACAAUUGCAAUCCGUCAGGAUUACUGUAAUAUAAGAAACCGGCGUUUUGGCCGCAUAUAACCCCUAUCAUAAAACGGCCAUAACUUUGCCCAAACAUAUAUUGGGCAGCUAAUUUUUCUUGUGUUGUACACUAUUUUUAAGGCUCUUUCAAACGGUAUAUGUUUCGUUAAGAAAGCAGGGUGCAACUAUUUGCCGAUCCCUUGUAAGCUAAAAAACUCCGCUUUGAAAAGCGCGCCCUUUCCUUCAAGGAGGGCUCUUCAAAGCGGGGUUUUUAGCUUAGAGAAGGGAAGGGUUUGGAGACAUUUUGGUACCUUCCGGGAUGCAAAAUAGCACGUUUUUUGCCACUCGAUCCGGUCCCUCACUGUAUUGUUUUACGAGACUUUUUAUGUUGUUUGACAAAGUGUACUGCACUUGGAGUACUCCCCUUGUAAAAUCAAAAAAUUUUUCAGGUGGAGCUCGCCAAAACCAAGGGAUUCGACAAAAUCCCGGAAGGUUGGGGCGCUGACGUCCACGGAAAUCCCACGCGAAUUCCGGACGACGUCCUCAACGGCGGAGGAUUGGUUUCGUUGGGUGGGAGCGAAGAGAGGGGCUCGUACAAGGGGACUGGACUCGGAAUGAUGGUCGAAAUGUUCUGUGGAAUUAUGGCGGGAAGUUCGUUUGGGAAGAAUGUGAGGCAGUGGAGAGAGUCGAAUGCUCCGGCGGAUCUGGUAGGUCAAGGGGGGACUUUGGAAGAGGUUUUGAGGUCUGGGGGAAAAUUUUGAUUUUUUGAGAAAAAUUUGAAUUUUUUGGGGAAUUUUCGUUUUUUGGGCAAAAUGAAAAUUGUUUGGGGGAAAUUUGAUUUUUUCGGGGAAAUUUUGAUUUUUUUUUUUUGGAAAUAUGAUUUUUAGGGGACUUGAUUUUUUGGAAAAAAAAGAUUGAUUUUUUGUGGGAAAUUCGAUUUUUUCAAAAAAAAAUCGAUUUCUUUUGGGGUUUUUUAAUUUUUUGGGCAAAAUUAGACUUUUCUGGGGAAAUUUUGAUUUUUUUUUGGAAAAAUUAGACUUUUUUUGAAAUCUGAUUUUUUUGGGGACUUGAUUUUUUUAGGGGGAAAAUUUUAUUUUUUUGAAAACUUGAAUUUUCUUCUGGUGAAAUUUUGAUUUCUUCGAAACCUGAUUUUUGGAAAAAUUUGAUUUUUUGGGGGGACGUCUGGAUUUUCUUGGGGGAAAUUUUGAUUUUUUUAGCGAAACGUUGAUUUUUUCGAGAAAUUUAAUUAUUUCAAGAAACUUGAUUUUCUGGGGGAAUUUUUAUUUUUUUGGGAAAACUAGAAAUUUUUGAAAAAUUUUACUUUUUUUUCGGAAAAUAAAAACCCCGAAAUUUCCCACCUUCAGGCCCAAUGUUUCGUUGCGAUUGACCCGGAAUGUUUCGCCGACGGAUUCGCCGACCGUCUUCAGCAAUUCCUCGAUGAAACGCGAGGUCUGAAGCCGGCGGAUCCGGCCAAGCCCGUGUUGGUUCCGGGAGAUCCGGAGCGUCAACAUGAAGAGCGCUCCGCCAACGCCGGAGGGCUCAUUUACUCGGAGAAACAGUUGGAUUCGUUGGUAAGUUCUAUUAAUUCACUAUGAAAAUUAUUUUUUUGUCAUAUUUUUGGCAAUUUCGCACAAAAAAAAAAAUAAAAAAAUCGCAAAAAAAAUUUUUUUUUUCAAAAAUUUUUCGACUUAAAAAUCUCGAUGAUUUCUGCAAAUCUCUGGCUAAAAAUCACAUAUAAAUUUUAUAGAUACCUAGUCUAAAUUUGUGCCAAAUUUCGUCAAAAUCUACAAGUUACAUUAAUUCAAAAAAAUCUUUUUUUUAGAAGGAGGUCAGUGUCAAGUACAACAUCCCAUUGUUCAACUAUCAUGCUAAAUGA